AUGUCGUCGACCAACUCCGCCCUCAAGCUCCGCGAGCUCGCUUUGCGUACUCCACGCCCAUAUACCUCCAAGAUCGCAUUGAACGGGACGCUGCGGCCGCAGACCAAGCUUGUCGAUAAGCAGGUUCAGAAGAGCUUCUCCAGGGGCAAGAGCGGUGGUCAAUAUACUGUCAAGCCUCAGCCGAGAGACGGCGAGACCGGUGGGAAUGAUGGAGGGAAAGGGAAGAGUAGGGAGGAUGAGCUGGCCAUAGGCUUUUACACUGUUCUCAUCAUGCUUUUCGAUAGAAGACGUGAUGCUGUCGUUCGUUACUCCAUGAGCAAUCACGAGGAAGAACUCUCUCAUCCACCAGCAAGGCUACCGACAAGGCUGUCGAACCCAUUGUCAAGUGCUUGCCUGCCCUUAGAUUGA